UCGAACUUCUCGCAGAGCGCGUCGCACGUUCGAGUACCGGCCGCCGCCCGUCAUCAGUAGUCGCCGACCUUCCUUAGUUUUUAGUAGUCAGUAGUCGGCUCAUUGUCAACGUUGUCGUUUUAAUCGUCAUUCAACUUUAAUUGUCGAAUUUACAAUAGUCGUCGUGAGUCUUUGAUUCGAUAUCAACAAUAUUCGGGCACUCGGUUGUGCUUCGAAAAACAAAAAAAAAAAAGAAAGAAAGAAAGAACCGUGUGCUAGAACUCGCUCGUGCUAUACAUAAAGCACCGCGAGUUUCCGAGCCGUCGCACCCCGGCUCGGCCCGGCGAACAGAAACAGCGGCGAAAAACGAGAAAGACGCAAGGAGCGAGAGUCGACGUGCUACAACAGCGCGAAAUCUCCAAUUAAAAAUAUCAAGAAAAAUAGAAAGAAAAGAGUCUCAUACUGUAUAAACAAAGUUUCCCCGGAACGACCUUCAUCGUUGACCCCAGUCUCAGACACCUGAUUACAAGACAACAGUGUCCAGGAGUUGAAAUGGAACCACAAACACAAGAAAUCGUGGCCAGCGGGUCACCUGCCGAGGUGCCCAACGACCCAGGGAAAAUGUUCAUCGGUGGACUAUCGUGGCAGACAAGUCCAGAGAGCCUCAGAGAGUAUUUUACCAAAUAUGGAGACAUCACAGAAGUUAUGGUUAUGAAAGAUCCCACUACGCGGCGGUCAAGCAGCGGUGAGCCCGCCUCGUAUGUGGUGGACAGUGCUGGCUGCAUGUUCACGCCAAGGGGUUUUGGCUUCAUCACAUUCGCAGAUCCUUCGAGCGUAGAUAAAGUAUUGGCACAAGGAACACACGAACUAGACGGCAAAAAAAUCGACCCGAAGGUAGCAUUUCCCAGGAGGACACAUCCAAAGAUGGUGACAAGGACAAAGAAAAUAUUUGUCGGCGGCUUAUCAGCGCCGACGACGCUGGAGGACGUCAAAAACUAUUUCGAACAGUUUGGACCGAUCGAGGAUGCAAUGCUUAUGUUCGACAAGCAAACCAACAGGCACAGAGGUUUCGGCUUCGUUACGUUUCAAUGCGAAGACGUUGUCGACAAAGUGUGCGAGAUUCACUUCCAUGAGAUCAAUAACAAAAUGGUCGAAUGCAAGAAGGCACAACCAAAGGAAGUGAUGCUUCCAGCGAAUCUGGCGAAGACGCGGGCGGCUGGCAGAGGUGCAUACGAUUUUAUGUGGUCCCUGGGAGCAUUACCUGAUGGUUUCCCAGCGGCGGCGUACGCGGCAUACGCGGCAGGCCGCGGUUAUUCUGGGUACCCUAGUUUCGGACUACCCUACCCGACAGGAGUGCCGUCAGUUUUCUACCAGGAAACCGGAUCUGUGGGCUACUUGUAUUCAAAAGGACCGGUCCAACAUUUCCAAAGGGCUGCUCUACGAGAGAAAUUGGAUCUCACCAAUGGACAGCUCACCCCGAACAACAACACACCCUUGCUCACGCAAGCUCUGUCUGUGAUGAAUAACUAUCAAGCAGCGCAAGCUGGAUUUCCACCAGCGUCGCCACACGGAGCCGGUGGUCAUGGACCACAAGGCCGUUCGUUUCCUGCAGCCAACUCGCCAGGGCCUAUUGACAUGUACAGUUCGAGUGCUGCAGCAGCAGCAGCCGCCGCAGCUGCGGAUUCUGCAGUAGCCAGCUAUGUCCAGGCAGCAGCUAGUCCGCAACCACCCACCACCGCGUUUCCCGCGAUCGCAGUUUCCCGUGCCCCGCUCAACUAUAAUCCCGAUUCUCACGUCCUGUUUCAGGGUCCCCUGAUACCAGCCGCAUUCACUAAUGGCUACCAUUGAGCCUUCCUACGACCUAACAACAGGAUGGACGAGAGGGUAGAGCGCAGCAUGGUCGACUGACGGCACAACGGGUUACACGAAAGCUACGGAAAUGAAUAAAAGAGUCAUCAGCGCAAAAAAAAAAGAAACAACAAUAUUCCAAGAAUGACAAGGAACUGCGACGUGGGCAAUCGUUUCCGGCGAAAAAAGCUUCAUGUUCCGAGAGUGACCGACGGUGAUUGAGCGUGGUCAUACAUACAUAUAUAUACAUACAUUUAUAUAUAUAUGUAAGAAUGUCAAUGAAAGGAAACGGAGUCACGAGCGUUGUAGGGAUUGCAUCGAAAAUUUGUGACGUAAGUCAUGAGGAUAAAAAAAAACAAGUGAACAAAAAAGUAAUCACCAAGGCACGUCGAAAAAAGAGGUCCAACAUUAAAAAAAAAAAAAAAAAGAAGAAGCCAAAACAAAAAAUUUCAAGAAGACAAAAAAAAAACCCGCGACCUCUUUUUAUUAUAAGUCGAGCCCACAGCCGAACCUGCAAUUUUGGCGCCAACCCGUUCUCCGACAUUAAUAAAUAAUAAUAUAAUAAUGAAUUAAAUUAAUAAUUAUUAUUAAUUGCUAAAUAAAUAAGCGGUUAAGUAUAUAAAAAAAUAUAUAUAUAAAUAAUAAAUGAUUGAUAAAUAAUUACUAGAUAACGUAUGAUCUUAGCUAUUAAGCGAAAGGCAAAAUACCAAUUCACGUACGAACAAUUAUAUGAUGAAAAUUAAAAAUGAUGGUUAAUCAUUAAUUAUAUAUAUAUAAAUAUAUAUAAUUAAUCACAAUGGCACGCUCACACGCGUUCACACUCAGGAGAACAAUGGCACUGUCGUCUUUUUUUUUCAAAUUCAUUAUGGACAAAAAAAAAAAAAGGAAUGACAACAUUUAAUGUUAUUUCUCUCCUUGAGUGUGUAUAUAACAGAGAUGAAAGGAAGUUUCAUUCGUACACGUUACAUGUUUGGUGUGACGCUAUUUAUAAUUAUUCAAUCACCGAAAAUAUAACAGAUCGAACACCACCGAGCGCCAAGUUGACGCGAGAUUUUUUUUUUGUUUUUUAAUUAGCCAAAAAAAAAGGAAAAUUCAGCUAUGUAAAUUAUUAUUUUCCAAUUCUCUUUGGCUUAAUAUAACUCUUUGAGGAAGUUCAUCUUGCGUCAUUUGACGACGGUAUUUCGUGAUAAAUGACGAAAUAAUGGCUGUUAAAUCGGCGCGUAUAGUUACCUAUAUCGAUUACUCGAAUUAACCCCAUACAAUAUUGCGCAGGUAAAUUUAUGUCUUGAGUCUGCAUCUGGGCUGAAUUUGCGAUACUUCUUUUUGUUUUCACUCUCUCCCUCUCAAUCUCUCUCUCUCUCUCUUUCCUCAUCAGUAUUUCUUCAGCCUAAACGCAGUCUCAAGAUUUCUUUUUCCAAGCGAUUGCCGUCUAACGCGUUUUCUGCUUUUUUUUCCAAUUCAAAAAUUUUAUUUAAAAUAAAAAAAAUGUAUGAAAAUUAUUCAGAAAAUAAAUUUUUUCAUUUUUUGAAUAUAAAAAAAUUUUUUUAUACAGAUCUUUUUGACGCUCAACUUGAGAGUAUGCUAAAUGUGUAAAAAGUGUGGAAGGGGGUAAUGCAUAACAAAUAGUUUUCGUACCCACUCCCAUCUCUCCGCAUUAGGCAAUGUUUCUUGAAGAAAAAAAAAAAUAAAUAAAAUAAAAUGAUAUUAAAUUAAUUUCAAAUUUUGCAGAAUCGUGUAUGAACGCUAUCGCAAAUUCAAUUCUUUCAACAAGGGAAAAUGUAUGAACUGCUCUUUGUAAAUAUUUGAUUGAUAAAUUCAUAGCAGGAAUAUUGUCUUAAGAAAAAAAAAAUUUUUUUACAACAAACAAGCAGUCGCAACUUUUUCCCUAUUGUAGAAAACGAAACUUUGCUUCGUACGUUUUAACUUACACACAUAUAUUUAUACACAGACACACAGUUACACUGACAUAUAUACAAAUAGCACGAUGAAAAACACAUUUUUAAUAACUAUUAAACGACUUUACCAUAUGUUUAAUGUUUUUAAAAAAAAAAAAAAAAAUACACACACACAAAAAAUCGUUCUCGUCCGAAUGUAAAAAAUUGCUAUAUUCAGAGUGACAAUGCAAAAAAAGUUCGCUCGGCAGUUUCGUAUCGUGUGCAAUGCAAAAAUAAAAAAUCAGCUUCAAAGGGAAAAGCUUACAAAUUAGUGCAAUUGCUGGCCAGGAUUAGGUUCUAACGCAACGCACAAAAAACGGCAUCGAAAAAAUCGAAAUACCACGUAUCUAAAAUAAUUCUUGAAAUCGAAUCUGUUUUACAAUGGAUAGAUUAGAUUCUUUAAGGACAUUUUGAUAGAAAAAAAAAAAAAAAAAUACUAUCAAAUUGAGAUCAUUAAUCUCUGAGAUUAUCAAAAUUUUUAUUCAUUUUCUAUUUAUUAAAAUUAUUAUUAAGCUCGGACUAGCGUUAUUCCGAAAACGUCAGCUGAUUAUAAUAGGUUCUCAACUUUUACAAUAUAAAGACGAUGUUUUUGGGAUAUUACGACAAUCCAAGCUUUAAUUAUUAUAAUUAUUAGAAUAUUAUCACAAAUUAUAUUAUUAUCAUUAUUACUAUCAUUAUUAAUAUUAUUAUUAACUAUUAACUAUUAUUAUUAUUAUUAUUAUUAUUAUUAUUAUUAUUAUUAUUAUUAUUAUUAUUACGAUUAUUAUUUUUAUUAUUAUUAUUAUUGACUUAAACUUAUUACCAUUAUUAAAUUUGCAAAAGAGACUAUUAAUUGCGGUUAUUUGUAUUAUAAGUAUUGAAUAUGCGUACAAACAAUUAUUGUGCGAUUAUAUUAUAUUGAACGACAGGGUAAAAAAAAAAAUUCUCCUUGAUAAUCAUUGAUAUGUCACUUUAUUUCAGUCUCUGCGAGCAUCAUUCAAACGAAUAAGUCAAUUCUAGCGAUAUUUGAAGAGAAUUACAAAAGAAAUGAAAAAGUGUACAAAAAAAAAAAAAAUUUGUAAAUUACAGAUGCAGAUGGGUGAUUUAAAAAAAAAAAAAAAAAAAAAAAAGCACAACGCUUUUGGGCUCAAGAUUGAUUCUCUCUUUUGGACAGAAUUAAAAUGGCUAUCAAUGAAUCUCAAAAAAAAUUUUUAAACGCGAGUCAUUGCGAAAAUGUCUAGAUUAUAUACGUUUUUUAGACGAAAUGUGGUAUCUAGAAGAAAUGAAUAUUGGCAAAUUUGAGUGAUGAAAGAGAAAUUUUUUUUUUUUUUUCGAAGUAAACGUUAAUUUAUAAUAACAAUUAUUAAAAUUUAGAAAAUAAUUGAAAUCACUAGAAUUCGGAUUAGUGUCUUUUCUCUAAAAUGAUCCACACACACACACACACACACAAUAUUGAGAGCAUUGUGCGCAUACUGCAUUGUUCUCAACUUUAUAUACAAUAGGAUCAUAGAAAAAAAAAGACUCACCGAUAUCUGGAAAUGAAAAUUAUUGAAUCAAAGAAAAUAAUUGAAAUUGAAAAUUAAUAAUGUGAAAGCUAAUUAAUUGAAACUAAAAGUAUUGCAUUAAAUUGAUAAUUGGAAGUAUGUAAUUAAAGAAAAGACAAUUAAAUUUAAAAAAAAAAUGAAGGAUGAAAAGAAGUAGUAAAUAAUUGUAAAAAAAAAAAAAAAAAAAAAACUAGAAAAAUUUCAGAAAUUUCUGGAGGCAAAUGAAUAUUUCGUACGAGAAUCGAUCAAGCACAUUCGAAUUCAAAAUAUAAUCAAUUAAAAAAUAAUACUCGUAAGAAAAAGAAAAAAAAAAAUUAUAACGAGAUUUAAACCAAAUGAAUGUUAUUCGAUUUGAAAAGAAAACACGAGGAUAAACACCAGCUCAAAAAGAAUCGUAUAAUAAUAUUAAUAAUGAAGUUUGACCGCGAUUUACUCAAAGGAGGCAAGAUUUUCAAAACAAAACUAAAUAAUUAAUAAAUAAUAAAAUAAAUAAUUAAGAAUGACCCAUGAAUUACAGUCGAAGGACUUUUUUUUACAUCUAUAGAGAGAGAGAGAAAGAGAGAGAGAGGGAACGCAGGACGAGAGGACACUCGGGUAUUAUAGAAAUAUAUUUAUGCCUGCUCGAAGGCAGAGGGUAUUACAAAGUUUUGAUUUGAGUACAAAAAUUCCUCUGCCUCGAAAAAAACUAAAAAAAAAAACUUCCUUUCGCACGGCGUGUUUUUGAAUCCUUUUCCGAAUUCGAGUGGAAUUUUAUUCGCUCGUCAAAAAAAAAAAAAAAAAACAAACAAAAGAAACUCUGAAUGAAGGCUAACAAUAUUUGAUACAUGUACAGAACCACAGCGACGGUUACGAUCAAUUAUUAAUGAAUGUAAUGAAGGUGAAUUGUGAAGGAUAGGAAACAAAAUAAGAGUACAGUCCACACGUUUAUAUAAAUAUAUAAAUAUAUAAAAUAUAAAUAAAUAUGAAUAUUAAAAUAUUACAUCUAUAUCUGGCAGAAAAAAAAGAGUAUAUAAGGCGCGAAAUAAUAAUUAUGGAAAUGAAGAGAUAUUGAUAAAUUGUUUUAUGCAUUUGUAUAUAAUUAUUGAUGUUUUAAAGCUAAUAUACUAUUGUAAUGUAAUUUGAUCACCGGUCAGAAUAACGCGUGAAGUCGGCGAGGAUGGAGCUCGAUUUGCGAUUUUCGGGUACGUUUUCGCUGUGUUUUUUUACGAAACAAAAAAAAAUUAUUAAAAAAAAAGGAUUAUAGAACAAUGACGUCAUCGGGCGCUCGCUCUCGAGUUCCAUCCCUUCUCGCGUUAACGUAUAUAUACAUACACACAUAUAUGUAUAUAUAUAUGCAUAUAUAAUAACAGUAUAUAUAUAUAUACAAAUAUAUAUAUAUAUAUAUAUAUAUAUAUAUAUAUAUAUAUAUAUAUAUAUAUAUAUAUAUAUAUAUAUACAUAAAGAGGAGAAAGCCCGACAUAUUACUAUAUAUAUAAAUAUUAUAAAUAAAUAAAUGAAAAAAAAAUAUAUAUAUAUUAUAAAUAAUAAAUGACGAUAAUGAAAAAAUAUCCACGGGGAUAAAAGACCGCACGAGAAAGGGAUAUAGAGAUUUCACUCAAGGUGAACUAAUUAAUUAAUAUGCUUUUGAUUAAUUAAUAAGUAAAUUGUUAGCGAUUAUCAUUCUGAGUCGAGUUGUUGAUUAGUCGGGGAACGAGAAAUUUGAUGUUUUUUUAUUUUCAUACACUCAUACACAAACAAACACGUCGAUUAUUGUUUAAAAGUUCUUUCUGAAUCAUAAUGUGAAGACAUCUUUAAAUAUUGUUGUCUUUGAAGUUUGAGAACCUUGGGCGAUACUAUAUGGAAGGGAUUGGAGGAACCAAUUACAAUGCGUUUAUCUCAUUCUCACCAUAGUAACGCCUAAGGUUCUCAAGUCCAGGCUCUAAGAAUGAGAUUAUUAGUCUUCUUUUUAGAAUGACUCUUGUGAGGAUAAAUUUGAACGCCUUUUAAAGAGUUUUAUUCCUUUUCUGUGAAAGGAUUCUUAUUAUAUAUAUAAAUAUGUAUAUUACGCGAGAGAGAAAGAUAAGAAAAAAAAUAAAUAAAAUAAAAUUCGAAACAUUUUUUUUCGAAAGAAAAAUAUUUUACGAGAUUCAGAAAAAAUGACAAAUUGUCAUGAAAUUUAGUUAAACAACUAAAUAAGUCAAUAUAAUUCACCUAUAGUUGGGAUCAAGAAAAAUUUCAUGAGUUUGAUAUUGUAAGGAAAUUUUUAAUUUGGUAUAUACUAAAUACACCAGACUCGGAGAAAAUCUUAAUGCGGAAGAUUCUGCAGUAAUCUUCCAAAAAAAAGCAAUUUUUUCAAGAGCCUAUUAAUUUGGAAAUAAUUUUCAAUAUUUAUAUAAAGAAUUUAUAAAAAGUACCAAUAAUGCAUUAAAAAAAAAAAAAAAAGAAAAAAAAAAAAAAAAGUAAGCAAAUCAAGUUAAAAUUCUUAUAUAGGAAUUUUCCAUCAUCUUUAAUGGUCUUCAAUUUACAUAAAGAAAAUUCUUUUUAGAAUCAAAUAAAAUUUUAGAUUUACAAUAAUCGAUGUUAGUCUACGAUGAAAAAUGUAACAUAAUUUUUCGAGUUGAAGUGAAAUAAUUUUAAGUUUAGAUUGAUCACAAUGACGUCAGCGAUGUUCCGCCAUUAUAAUUUAUAUUGCGCGCAUGCUCGCUGGUGCUUUCGGCAGGCAAUCUAACCUCACAUAUUCAAUUCUAUACGCAAACUCGUUGAAAAACGCAUUCUGGCAAUUCUCAACUUAUAAGAGGAAACAAAAUAACAUACUACUAUAAAAAAUAUUACUGAAAUACCAAUUAUUACUGCAAAAAAAAAGGACAAACAAAUUUUAUAAAAUGCCAAAUAAUGCUUUGCCAAGUUUUUACAUUAUGUACUUUAACCUCGACUUGAUUCCAACGAUAUUAUAACUCGUGUCAAUCGCUAUCACGAUUAUUAAAGGAAAAAAAAAAAGUGUUAUACGAUAUUUUCUUCUAUCGAGUCUGUUAUUAGAAAGUCUAGUUUAGCGAUCUUUGUCAGCGAAUAGAGUGUUAUUCUUUUGUUUUCGUCGGUCGAUUUGUGCGCAGAGUUUAUAUAUAUAGUCAAAAAGUAAUCUCUAAAAAUGACAAUUUUAGCGCUACUUUUUGUCCCGACGAUUGAAAGAAGUGGACGACGCAAAGAAAAAGUUAUAUCUUUAAAAGAAUAAACAAAAAAAAAAAAAUCCUUGAGCAAGAGAAUGGACGACGUUAGGUAGAUAGACAAUUUUUUGAGAAUUUUUAGAGCGCGUUUUUCAUUUUUAUUUUAUAUUAAUCCAUCUGCAAAAAAAAAACGCGUCGAUUACGCAUUUGCGAUUAAAUGCAAUAUUAAUCUGAUCCGAUUUUUUAAAUCUUGAGUAUAGAGAAAAAGAAAACUAUUUUUUCUUUUAAAAAAAAUUUUUCAAAAUAGUUUGUAAUUAGUUAAAAAUAUUCUAUUUUUCUAAACUCAGAAUUUAAAAUACCGUGCUCAGUUUCCCUUGUGUUUUUCUUGUUUUUUUAUUAUGUCUGUUGAGUUAUUAUUACUAUAUAUUAUGUAUUGUAAUUCUCAUUAAAAAAAAAAAAAAAAAAAAAAAAACAAA